AAGUUUGUUGCUGCGACUGUCCUGUCUGGAGCAGCAACCUGGCUCGGGACCUCCUCGGCUCGGCUGCCUGACGGGUUCCGCCCCGCUCUGCUAGACAUGGAUCGCUGUGACUGUGGGAUCAGAGCGAGGAGUGUGUAACGGAUCUGGGAGUGCAGCAUGAGCUCGGAGCGCUCUGACUUUCCUGCUCCAGUCGCGUGACCAUGGUAACCACCUCCAGAUGUUGGCGACCUGAAGAAUGAUUGCGAAGCGCUGGAGUUGCCAAGUUCACCUCACACGCAGAAGACGUUAAGGAUCACCGAAGCAUCCAAGAUGCGGAACGCCAACAAGGCCAGGAUCGGCAUCGCAGUGCUGCUGCUGGUGAUCCUGGGCAUCGUGGGCAUCGUCACCUUCAUGAUCUUCCAUCGAGCCCGCUGGUCCACGCGCAUCGUUCGACUGCCCGAGAACCUUUCCCCGGAAGAGUACACCGUGGUCCUGCAGCCUCACUUCUACACCAGACUCAUGGACGACACCAACACCACCAGAGAGCAGAUCAAGCUGCUGACCGGAAACUCUACCGUCAAGCUCCACUGCGUGGAGAGGACCAACAAGAUCGUCCUCCACGCCAGUGAUCUGAACAUCUCCAAUCCAGUGGUGAUCAACCUCCACGACAACCGGACGCUGGGUGUGAGAGACGUCAGGCAGGAGGAGGGUCAGAUCCUAGAGAUUCGGCUGAACCAGCACCUGGAGAAGGGCCACAAGUACAGCUUGUUUUUGGACUUCAGAAGAGAGUUGUCGGGUGGGUUGAGUGGGCUGUACCUGAGUGGCUACUCAGACCAGGAGAGGUUGACGGCAGAACCAGAUCGGUUUCUGGUUGUCACCAACAUGGAGCCGUCGGACGCCAGGAUGGUGUUUCCUUGUUUUGAUGAGCCACACAUGAAGGCGGUGUUCCACGUCGCGGUGAUCCACCGGAGAAACACCACCGCUCUGGGGAAUGCCGCGGCGCGAGAGUCCAGAGUCAUCAACGACGACUGGAUGGUUACUCACUUUCAUCCCACGCCGAAGAUGUCCACGUACUUGUUUGCCAUCGUCGUGUCAGAGUUCACAGCCUUGACUUCGGAACAUCCCCGCGUGAAGAUCCAGAUACACGCUCGGCCGUCUGCCACCCAAACUGGACGCAGUCAAGUGGCGGUGAACAUCACGGGCCGUAUCCUCAGCUUCUAUGAGGAAUACCUGGGCAUCGAAUACGGCCUGAGCAAACUGGACCAGAUCGCGCUGCCAGACCUGCAUGCGGCAGCGAUGGAGAACUGGGGGCUUGUGACGUAUAAAGAGUUGUCGCUGCUGCAGUUUCCCAUCACUGACCCUGGAGCGCACUUUCUGCACAGGGUCAACAUCGCCUACAUCGUCGCGCAUGAGCUGGCGCAUCAGUGGUUUGGGAAUCUGGUGACGAUGAAGUGGUGGAAUGAGGUUUGGCUGAACGAAGGCUUCGCCAACUACAUGACGCGCCCGGUGAUGAAGCAGCUCUUACAGGACCCUGACUUUGUGGACCUGAUGGAGAUGCGCUCGCUCCAGGAGUGUCUCCAGGCCGACGCCGGCCAGUCCCACCCGCUCACGGUUCCACCGGAAGACAUCCAGACCCCCAGUGAUCUGUACACCUUGUUUGACAUUAUAAGCUACAACAAGGGGGCGGCGGUACUGACCAUGCUUGCCAGCGCUAUUGGCGAGCAGGUUUUCCUGAGAGGGCUGAAAAUGUACCUUAGGGAAUUCUCCUACAACAACACUGACCAGUACGACCUCUGGAGGACCAUUCAGAAGGCGGUUGAUGACAGCGGAGGUCACGUGGACGUGACUGAGGUGAUGACCAGCUGGACGACGCAGACUGGAUUCCCUCUCCUCACCAUCGACACCACCACUGGAGAAGUGGUCCAGGAGCAUUGGAGCGAUUCAGACAAGGACUCCAGCCGGCGGUGGCACGUCCCGGUCCACUUCAUGACGGGCACCUCGGGGUCUUCCGUCGUGUUUCUGCAAAACCACCGCAAGGUGCAGCGAGAUGAGCUCAAGUCCAGGAACGGAGCGUGGAUCCUGGCCAACGUCAACUACACCGGCUAUUACAAAGUCAAUUACGACCCGGGGAACUGGCAGCGGCUCGUCUCUCAGCUGGAAACAGACCUGCAUAGAAUCCCCAUGAUGAACAGAAUGGCCCUGAUUCAAAGUGCCUUUGAGUUUUCACGGGCCGAGAUGGUGGACGUCACCCUGACCCUGAACGUGACGCGGUUCCUGCGGCACGAGAGAGCCUUCCUCCCCUGGCUUCUGGUGGCAGAAGAGCUGCCGGACUGGACCGCGAUGUUCGACCGCUCCGACUUUUACGGACUGAUGCAGGCCUACUGGAGGACCCGGGUGAAAGGCGUCUACGAGCUGUUCAGGAACUACACCGACAGCAUGACCCCCCCUCGGGACUUCAGUCAGCAAAACUUCCAGAGUGUGGCGGUGCACAUCGCCUGCUCCAACGACCUCCCAGAGUGCGUAGACAUGGCCUCCAAGACGUUAGCAAACUGGCUCGCAAGUAACCAGACUGAGAAGAAUAAAGAGCAUCUGGACUCUGAAAGCCUGGAGUACCUCACCCUCUGCCGAGGCAUGGCCGCCGCCGGGGAGUCGGAGUGGGACCAGGUCUGGGACCUGGUCACGUCCUUCAACCGGACCGAGCUUUAUCCUCUUCUGGCCUGCUCCACCAACACUUCGCUCCUGCAAAGAUACCUCCAGUACACGUUAGACGCCGAGAAGAUUCCGCUCAUGUACAGUCACAACAUCGUGGCCGACAUCACCAGGUCUGUAGCAGGACACCAGCUGGCGUGGGACUUCAUGCAAGCGCACUGGGAGCACUUCCGCCAAGAAUGGACCGGAUGGAGGGCCUCCAUGCUGCUCCAUGUGGUGGCCAAACGAUUCACGUCAGAAGCAGAGCUGACACAGCUGGAGACCAUAGAGAGCAAGUACAACCCCGACACAGACCUGACCAGGACGAAGGAGAGAAUCCGCCAAAACAUCAGGUGGUUCCAGAAGAACGAGGGGGUUGUGCGCGCGUGGUUUCAGAGAGAGGCUGCCGCAUGACGCGCGGGACCAGGCGCUGUCCGCACCAACCACUAGCUGCAGUGAGCGCUGAGCACCUGCAAGUGUCGGCAGUCUCCACCUGUAUCUUGUACUGUGAUAGAGAUUUACGCAACAUAUACUCAGGGCACUUUUGCAAGAGGGGAGCUCACGUUCCCACCAGAGAUCUGCUUCUGUACUCCGCACUCUCGGACCUUAUUA